GAAAAUGGCGACAAUGACAUUGUCACCGCAAAAAUUUAAAUUCUCUGAAGUAAAUUUGAAUUUCUGGUUUUGCCGUAUUAUUUUUUGUGGCUCAACUUAGAAAAUAUAAAUUUUAUACUUAUUUAUUCUAGUUUUACAGUAUUAAAUAAAUUUAUUUAUAAUUUUACUUUUCUUUCGUACGAGAAACAAUCAAUUAAACUUUACAAUACAAACAAACAGUGUAAAAACGAUUACUUGCAGAUAUACAAUAAAAAUGUACAAUUUAAGUGAAGGUAAAUAAAAAGUAAAAUGGAUCGGUAUAAAAUUAUUGGUCGUAUUGGUCAAGGUGCGCAUGGAUACGUGAUGAAAGGAAUCGACCGCUUCGACAACCAAAAUGUAGCUCUAAAAAAACUAGUUAUCAAAAACCUCGAUGAGGGAAUACCCAAAAAUCUGGUUCGAGAAAUUACAACACUCAAAGUCCUCAAUCAUGAAAACAUAGUCAAAUUAACCGAUGUAGUCCCACUUGGAAUGGGCCUUGUCAUAGUCAUGGAAUACUUACCCGCUAAUCUACACCUUAUGAUGCAAUUUCUCCGAGAAGAACUCGAUCUACCGAAAAUAAAAGCGUAUCUUUGGAUGCUCUUGGAAGGCGUGAUGUAUAUGCAUGAAAACCACAUCAUGCAUCGCGACUUAAAGCCCACAAACUUGCUUAUAUCUAAUAACGGUGUUUUAAAAAUCGGAGACUUUGGUUUGGCGAGAAUCUACGUGGAAAAUGAACCAGACCGCUUAUACUCCCAUCAGGUUGCAACACGGUGGUAUCGUGCACCGGAAUUGUUGUACGGAGCACGAAAAUACACAAAUUCUGUUGAUAUGUGGGCAGUUGGAUGCAUUGCAGCGGAAAUGAUUAAUAGAUCGCCAUUAUUUCCGGGUGAGACUGAUAUUGAACAACUUGCAAUUGUGUUGCAUACACUUGGUACACCAUCGGAAGAAACAUGGCCUGGAUUGUCUGAACUCCCAGAUUAUAAUAAAAUAACAUUUGCACGAAAUGCUGGGUCUAGUUGGAAUACAAUUUUACCUAAAGCUACCGUCGAAUCAAGGAAUUUUGUUAAAAGUUUUGUUGUUUACGAUCAAGAACGACGAUUAAGCGCAAAAGCAGCUUUGCAUCACAAAUUCUUCAGUGAGAAACCAAUAGCCUGUCGACCGUCAGAAUUGCCCAGCGCUAGUAUUAUUGCUGAAAGAGAAAAUAAUGUCGAUGUGGAGAUGAUGCUCGGUGCCUUCGAUGAAGUUUUACGAGAUUUUUAAUCAUAGAACAUUGUUUAAUAUAAAUAUGUUGUGUUGUAACAAAUUUUAAAGCGUCAAUCUUGUUUUAUAAACAAAAUAAUUAAA